GAGAUGAGCAGAUCGUGAUAAUGGCGAGCAAUAAUAGCAAGUGCUGGGAUGAGAGUCAGCUGAGGAAUUACGAUUUGAACCUGGAGCAAAUACCUAGGCUGCACUGCGACGAUCCCGCCGUCGACGAACUAAUUGCGGCGAAUAAACCCGUUGUAAUCACCGGUUCGAAACUGGUAGAGUCGGCGCGAAAAUGGGAUCUGGACUAUCUGGAGCAGAAUAUGGGAUCUGGAGACUACACAGUGUUCAUCUCGCAGAACCACAAAUUCAAGUAUUAUGAUGAGAAGAAGAUUGCCAAGACCAGUGGGUUUGUGCCACCAACGAAUAAGUUGGACAUGAAGUUGCCAGACUUCAUGAAGAGGCUCAGGAAAUGGAAGAGAGGCGAUGACAGGAUGUAUUUGCAGCAGGGUUUGAACAACACUGUGGGGCCAGAGAUUGUGAAAGACUUUUUGAAAUUUGACUGGGAUUUCUGUUCAGGUAAACAGAACAAGCACCACUGGGGGCCGUUGACUUCCAAUUUGCUGUUGAUUGGCAUGGAGGGUAAUGUCACACCUUGUCACUAUGAUGAGCAGCAGAAUCUCUUUGCUCAGGUCCAUGGUCACAAGAGGUGCAUCCUUUUUGCUCCUGAUCAAUUUGAAUGCUUGUAUCCACAUCCAGUCUUCCAUCCACACGAUAGGCAAAGCAUGGUCGAUUUCGAUGAACCUGAUUACAAUACGUUUCCGAAAUUCCGGCAAGUUCGUGGCUGUGAAACUGUACUGGGGCCGGGCGAGAUACUCUAUAUUCCAAUUUACUGGUGGCAUCACAUAGAGUCGUUGAUGCGCGGAGGUCACACCAUUACCGUGAACUUCUGGUACAAAGGUGGUGCCAACACUUCGGUCACCUAUCCUUUGAAAGACCAUCAGAAGGUCGCGAUCAUGCGUAACAUUGAGAAGAUGUUAGUCGAAGUCUUACAAGAUCCUAAAGAAGUUUCUCCGCUACUUAGGGCAAUCGUUUUGGGUCGCUACACGGAAUGAUGAUUACCUGCGUAAACCAAUCUUAUGUAUUAUUAUCUGUAUAUAGAUUUAAAUAUUAUGGAAAAACAAAACUAUUAGAUUAAUCUGCUAGGGUCGAAGUUAAC